GCUGGGACGUAGACUGUCAGAAAAAGUUUGACAGUCGAAAAAUAAAUAAGGAUAUAAUUUUUUCCAAAAUAUGGGAACUGCUUUUAGUAAUCUUCCAGAAAAUGGAUUUAACAGAUAUUUUCAUCCGGAAGUAACUCCCGGACCAUCCGUAAAACCCACGUUCGAUCCCGCUGACGGGUUUCAGGGUAAAAGAAAAGAAAGAGUAAUGAUUGCCACCGAGGAAGAAAUGCGCUCCGCAAAGUUGCCAUUAAAAGAUCGCGACUAUUGCGCUCAUAAACUGAUUCAAUACCGAACGUGUUAUCGAGACAAGUUUCCUUUUGUGGUACGGUGCGGGCACGAGAAACACGACUAUUUAAACUGCCAAUAUGAUGAUUUUGUUCUGAGAAUGAAGGAGUACGAGCGUGAGAGACGGUUACUAGUGAAAACACAUAGAACCAACGUAAUGUAGUUGUCAAAAAAUCAUGCGUUUGUAGAACUGUAAAUAUUUAAUGAAAAUGCAAAUUACAGAAUUAGAAAUGUAACAAAACUUGA